CAGUUUUAUUUAGAAUCUUCAAAUUCAUUUUUAUUUUUCUCCCGAUGUUCGCACACCCUUCAGUGUGAAAGCUCCAUACGCUUUGAAGCUGGGCAAGUUCCGAUAACAUCAUCAAGCAGUAAAGGUACAUCGUCGAUUUCGCAUGCAGAAUUGCGCAUCAAUUCGCACGUGAUAUAUUCAAACCAAAAAAUUUUUGGUCCUCUAUACGUCUCCCACAUAUCUCCGAUUGUUUGGCAUAGCCGUUCCACAAGCGCGAGACUAGAGCGCUCGUAAUUUGCAAAUUGGAACGAACGAACCAGUGGCAGCAACGCUCCAGCUGUCGAUUAUCCGUAACGCCAUAACUUUUCAACAAGGCAUUAGCGCUUUGCACCGGUGAUAAGUGCUCCCUACCUCCGAAAUUUCGGGGCCAAUUGUUUCGCACACACGUGCGCAUACGGCAAACGCACUGAAGCCUCUGUGCAGUAGGAGAGACAGACUAACGCAUCUCGCAGAAGCUCUAAUUGCGUGUUCGGGAUUUCAUUAGGCUUGCCUUGGCGUCUUCCUGUAGGUAUAUGUGUUCAAGCCAAGUUCGAGAGGAUGUGGCCCAGCAGCGUCGAGACAAACGUCGUCGUCAGGCAGAAGCGGAAGAAGAGCUUGCGGCGGAGAAGUUCGAGACUCGUGGCUAGUGGCACGGACGAUAAAUCGCGCGAUAUAUGCUCGCGGUUUAUUGCUUGAGAUGUGGAAGAAGUCUCUUUGAGGCAGGAACGUUUAUACGGAGGAGAUGCCUUUGCCGAUGGCAGCGGUGAGCUUCUUUGAUACGCUCGCGAGAUUUGUGGUCUUUACGAAUGACUGCUGCGGUUUAUUGGGUGGAUAGUUUCUUGCCGUAUUACUUUUUCUGUGCCAGUAACUCGAAUUUUUACGUAGAAGUUUCAUUUUUCUUAUCUUUCCAAAGUUGAUGCAAAAAUAUGGUACUAUGCUAACAAGUUUUUUUAACAAAGUAAACACUGUAAGACGAGCGAUGAAAAAAUGUGCAAAAAUAUGUCAUAGUCUGUCGGAAGUUUUUAUUUAAUUAUUUUUAAUUUGAUACUGUCGGUCGAUCUAGACAAUUGAAAUAAAAAAGGGCAGCGUGUUCAGCAAGCAGGAUAAGCGACGAUAAAGUUAAUCUUUAAACUCCGAUAAACGAAACGUUUGCGCUAAUAUUAACACUGUAGAAAGUUACUGCGCAUCAAGUCGGUCGCAGAGUCCAUAUUUCACGACGAUCGACAGAAGCAAUUCAAUCUCGUUUAUAUUUAAGAUGCGUAAUACGAAAUAAGAGACCUUUCUUAAUAUUUACGAAGAAGUGCAGAAUAAGUCAAACAUGGACGUCAAGAUACUUUUGCUACUGGCUAUUGUGGGAAACGCUGAAAUAUGCAAAGGCUAUAGAAUACUGGCGCUGUAUCCACUUCCGAAGCAGAGUCACUUCAUGAUGAUAAAUCAAUUAUUAAAGGGUUUGGCUCACAAAGGACACCAAGUUGACCUGAUCAGUGUGAAUACCCUUCCAAAAUCACAUCCGAAUUACAUGCAAAUCAUGAAAUUACCGGACAAUGCGGAUCCUAUCUUCAGUCGGUACGAGAACAUAAAAAAUUUGCACUAUAACUUCAGUAUGAUGUCGUGGAUGGGCUACUUACGAUGUCAAAAAAUGGAGCAUCCAGAAUUUCUAAAUCUUGCGCGUAAUCCACCAAAAGCUCCACCUUAUGAUGUGAUCAUAGUGCAGAUGCUCAACUCUCACUGCUAUAUGAUCCUUGGACACCUGUGGAAUAUACCUGUCGUUCUUGUUAGUACUGGGUCUCUCUACCCGUGGAUGUAUGACAUGAUAGGAAUUCCAGAAAAUCCUGCGUAUAUCUCAAACAAUUUCGCUCCUAUUCCAGAAGGAAAUGGCCUUUGGACACGAAUAUACAAUACUUACAUGUUUUAUUACAUGAAGUUUAAUUACUUGUAUUACUCUAGGAUGCAAAACCAAUUACUUCAGAAGCUUUUUGGUCCAGAGGUACCGACUAUACGAGAACUCGAAAGAAAUGCUUCACUGGUUCUUAUUAAUAAUUACUUUCCCAUCAAUGGCAUUAGGCCGACGACAGCGGGAUUAAUCGAAGUUGGUGGGCUCCACAUUCAAAAUGAUGGUCCCGAACUUUCUGACAAACUCAAAAUAUGGAUGAAUGAAAGCGAAAAAGGAAUAGUUUACUUUAGUCUUGGCUCUAUUUACACAUUAGAUGUAUUUCCCGCAGAAAUCAAGAAAAUCAUAUUCACAUCAUUGGCAAAAAUUGCUCCAAUGAAAGUUUUAAUGCGACUCAAAUCCGAAAAAUUAUCCUUUAAAGUUCCAGACAACGUUCUUAUCAUGUCCUGGAUACCACAGGAAAAAGUUUUACAGCAUCCAAAUGUGAAGGUAUUUAUAACGCACGCUGGUUUACUAGGAACACAAGAAUCAAUUUAUUACGGAGUUCCGAUGUUAUGUGUGCCUUUUGCAUUUGAUCAGUGGAGCAACGCUAACAAUUAUGUUAGCAAAAAAAUAGCGGUUAAAGUCGAUUUAGCAAGUGUUACGCAAACAAAGAUUGAUGAGGCAUUGAAUGAAAUAUUAACAAAUCCUAUCUAUAGGGAAAAUAUAAGAAAAUAUUCUCGAUUAUUCCGGGACCGUCCGCAAAAGACUAUAGAUACUGCGAAUUACUGGAUAGAGUACGUGAUACGAAACGGAAAGAAUUCGUUGAGAUCUGCAACUAUGGAUUUUACAUGGUGGCAAAUAUAUUUGUUAGAUGUUUACGCAGUCACAGUUCUUGGAAUUUCAAUGUUUCUAUACUUCCUCAUAGGAAUCAUUAAAAUCUUUGUUCGAUUAUUUAACUUAAAAAACAACAAAAAAACUAAAAAAAACAAUAUUUCCAAAUUAAAGAAGAGAUAAUGAUCUAUUAAAAAGCAAAUCACAUGAUAUGAGCAGCAUCAUUAUUUAUACAGGCAUAUUUUAUUAUCGAAUCAAGAUAACAUUUCCUAAUCUUUUUUAAGAAUUAUAUAACUAUAACGUGAAAAAGUUAUUUAUAACAUUGUACAAAUUCUGCAAAAAGUUUUUUUUUAAUAAAAAAUAUCUAUAAGUUUUA